AUGUCAAGGCUAAGAAGGUUUAAUGAUAGCGUUUUAAAGUUUAGUCAGAAUGGUAACGAUGAUCGGAGAGGGAGUCAUUAUUUUGAUGAGGUAGACUUUUUACCUCUAGAUACAGAUGAACAAGAGCAAUUGAUACAAAAAAUAGAACUUAGUAAUUCUACAAAAAACGACAAGUAUUUACGAAGAUUAGGGUUCCUUUACCUAUUAUGUGGGGGAGGAAUGCUUGCUUUAGCCACAGCUAUGAAAAUGCACCAGUCUUUCUCCAAGUAUCGAUUGUUACUACUAGUAUCGGUGCAAUCCAUUGGCUGCUCGUUUGUCUAUUUACGUUAUUCAGCAGUUUGGCAUAUCCUUCAACGUUUCAGAAUACCAUUCAACAUUGACUCUCGUGCAAUAAACAUAAUAAACAUGUCAAUAUUAUUGACGAUAACAUGGGUGGUUUCAGGUAAAAAUAAUAAUUACAGUGCUUUGGUAUUACUUCAUAUACCUCAUUUGUUAUUCAUUAUUGCCAUCCUUGUUACAAGGUGGGUAGCUACUAUAGAUACUGAUAUUAAGAUGCUAAGGUCAUCAAAAUACAAAUUUAAGAACGCAUGA